CCCGCCCCACAGCCAAACAACUUGUAGAAUGACAUCCUAAUUCUUAAGGCCAAAAACCCUUCUCUUCACUGACACCAAUUCUCAACUCCUCUUACUAACUCGUCCUAAUGAAUGCCGCUAUCUCAUUCACCGGAGGCUCCAACACCGCCAAAGAAGGCGUUGUCGGGACUGUAGCUCUCAACGCCGGCGACGUCAGGCUCCGAGCUUCCACCACCACUCCCGCCGUCCUCGGUGGGCCUGGCCUCCCCGACCUUUCCCUCUCCCUAUCUGUCGAGAAGCCCGGCGCCUUCGUAAUCGACUAUGACGUCCCCAAUCAAGAUGUUCGGUUUCAAUUCAUGAACAGAGUGAAUGUAUUGAACAAGCAGCUGAAUUUGACCUACAGCCAUACGAUGGCUGUGAACCAGAACGCUUUGGACGCGACCCUUUUAAUCGAUUCGACUAACAAGCUAUGGGGAAGUUAUGGGCUUGGCUCUGGUGAUUGCAAGGUCAAGUACAGCUAUGUCCAAGGAGGGUUGAGGACAUUCGAGCCCUGCUAUGACGUGAUCAAGAACUCUUGGGACAUUUCUGUGUCUCAAAGGAUUCUUGAUGGAGAUGUAAUCAGAGCGUUUUACGGAACUUCAAGUAAGGUUCUUGGGUUGGAGUUGCUAUGGCAAGGGCUGAACAGAGAUGGAAGAUUUAAGGUACUUAACUAUGCAUGAUAACAGCAUCUAUGAACUUGGCAGAGGGUUUGAAGAUGCCGAAGCUAAGUGCUGAGAGUACGUGGACCUUUGAAGUGUGAUUUUCCUUUGUUUAAUUAGGAAUAGGAGUUGCAGUAGAUUACUUUUAGAUACCCACCAUCAUUUACUCUGACAACGCAUUUCGUUAGUAUCAAUUUCUCUGUAGAUCUAUAAUUUCCAUGGUGAUUUUAGUUACCAAA